GUGCGGCGGCCGCGCCGGGCUCUCGAGGUGAAAAUACCGCCCUCUCCUUCUACCCAACCCCUCCGUAUAUAAUACGCCUGAAGGUAGCCGCUAUCUCGCGCGAGUAACAGCACGCGAGACAAGAGGGAAGAGGAGGAGGUGGACGACGACCAGGAGGAGAAGGUGGAGGAGGACAAGAAGCAGAAGAGGAGGCGGAGGAGGCGGAGGGCGAGUAACGGUGCGAGAAUAGAGAGGUGGAAGAAAGCGGAAAAGAAAAUACGGCGCGGACGAGGCGCGGGCGCGAGCGAGAAGGACAGCGCGAGAGGCGAAUCUGCUGCUGAGUGAGAGAGAGAGAGAGAGAGAGAGAGGGGCGCCCACACUCGUCAUUUAUCCUAAUACAGCAUGACCUCCAACAAUUCGCAGAAACUCCCCACGACGGAUCGAGUGAUCAAAAAUGUCCCGUUUCCACCGUCGCACAAAAUGACAGUGGCAGAAGUCUUCGACGAACGAACAGGAUCUCCUCGGCCGGAGGUCCUCAAACAACACUUUAUUCUCGAAGGUAGGAUCGACGAGGCUGCGGCUCUUCGUAUAAUCAACGAUGGAGCCGCUCUUCUACGCUCGGAGAAGACUAUGAUAGACAUCGAGGCUCCGGUCACCGUAUGCGGCGACAUUCACGGACAGUUCUACGACCUGAUGAAAUUAUUCGAGGUGGGCGGUCCACCCUCCUCGACCAAGUAUCUCUUCCUAGGCGACUAUGUGGACAGAGGUUAUUUCAGUAUCGAAUGCGUAUUGUACCUGUGGGCGCUAAAAUUGUGCCAUCCAACCACACUUUUCCUCCUCAGAGGUAACCACGAGUGCCGUCAUCUCACGGAAUACUUCACGUUUAAACAGGAAUGUAAGAUAAAGUACUCUGAGAGGGUGUACGAUGCGUGCAUGGAUGCCUUCGACUGUUUGCCGCUCGCCGCCCUCAUGAACCAACAGUUCCUCUGCGUACACGGCGGCCUGUCGCCGGAAAUUCACAAUUUAGAAGACAUUCGCAAACUGGACAGGUUCAAAGAGCCACCAGCGUUCGGGCCAAUGUGUGAUCUCCUUUGGUCGGAUCCUCUCGAGGAUUUCGGCAAUGAGAAGAACGCGGAGCACUUUUCCCACAAUAGCGUCAGGGGUUGUUCAUACUUUUACAGUUACGCGGCGUGUUGCGACUUUCUGCAAAACAACAAUUUGCUCAGCAUCAUAAGGGCGCACGAGGCUCAAGACGCCGGAUAUCGCAUGUACCGAAAGUCUCAAACGACGGGCUUCCCGUCGCUCAUCACCAUCUUUAGCGCGCCCAACUAUCUCGACGUGUAUAACAACAAGGCAGCGGUUUUAAAGUACGAGAACAACGUGAUGAAUAUCAGGCAGUUCAAUUGCUCGCCACACCCAUACUGGUUGCCCAAUUUCAUGGACGUUUUCACAUGGUCCCUACCGUUUGUUGGUGAGAAAGUCACAGAAAUGUUGGUGAACGUGCUGAACAUUUGCUCGGACGACGAGCUGAUGAGCGACGGUGAUGACACGCUCGAGGAAGUCGCCGCCAAAGUCGUUGUCCAAAAAAAGAAUGGUGCAGCAGCCAAUCUACGUAAGGAAGUAAUCAGAAACAAGAUCAGAGCCAUUGGCAAAAUGGCACGGGUAUUUUCUGUCCUGAGAGAGGAGAGCGAGAGCGUUCUGCAGUUGAAGGGCUUGACGCCGACUGGAGCUUUACCGCUCGGUGCAUUAUCUGGUGGCAAAACCUCUCUGAAAAACGCACUUCAAGGCUUCUCGCCGAAUCACAAAAUUACCUCGUUCGCCGAGGCCAAGGGCUUGGAUGCUAUAAAUGAAAGAAUGCCACCGAGGAAAGAUGCACCGCCUACGCCGGUGAACGAGGAAAAAUCCGUGACAAAGCCGCCGCCUCCUGCGGGAGACAAGCGGGACCACAACAUGCCGCAACCGCAGUCGUGAGCCCCACACUCGUCCACUCAAGAUGGCGGAUGGAUGGAUGGGUCCUAAGACCCCGGCGCUAUCGCCGCCACCACCGAACAUUUGCAAAUCAUUGCUCGUCUCCCCC